AUGCUGUACGUGGGCUGCCUCACGCGCAACGUCAACCAGGACCACCUGCGGGAAAUAUUCGGGCUGUACGGCGAGCUGAGCAAGGUGGAGAUUGCUAUGGACCGCGUCGUGAAUCUGCCCAAGGGCUACGGGUACGUGGAGUUUAAGAAGCGCGCCGAUGCGGAGAAGGCGCGCCUGCACAUGGAUGGGGCGCAAAUCGACGGCAGUGUGGUGAGCGCGCAGUUCGUGCUCGCGCCAAAGCCCGCCGAGCGACAGGGACAGAGGGGACAGGGGGGCGGAGGCGGAGCGGGGCAGGGAGGGCGAGCGGGGAGGCAGGGGGGUGUCGCCGCGGCGGAGGUCCCCCGGGAGAGCAGGCGGCGCAAGGGGAAGGUCGCCGUCCCCGCCCCGAGGGGGAAGGAGGCGCUCGCCCGUGCGCUCCCCCCCUCGCAGGCAGCGCAGUGCCUCUCCCCCUCGCCGCGUGAGAAGCCCUCCCAGACGCCGCUCCCCCAUCCCCUUCCGCGGCCGCAGGUCGCCCCCCCCUCGCCGCCGCUCCUCCCCCGCGCGUCGGCCCUCCCCCCCUCGCCGCUCGCCCCCGGCUCGUCGCUCCAGCCCAGGCCCAAUGCGCCGCCGCUCCCGCUCCCGCACACGCUCGCGCUCCCCGCCCUCUCGACGCCAGCGCCUGCCACCACCACCACCCACCCGCAGGCCGGAUCGCUCCCCUCCGCCCAAGAGGGCGCGGUCAGAGUCGCCCUCGUCCUCCUCCGCCACUUCCUCGUCCGACGGCGACCGGCGCCGGAGGUCGCCUCCUCGCAAGCGGGCAGCCAAGAGCAGCCCCAGCAGGUCCAACAGCUCGCGCUCCUCCAGUGA